AUGAAGCAUACCACCUACCUAUGCACAACAACUGCGCUCUUCCUCUUCCUCACCCUCCUCGCACCAUCAUCCUUCCCGCUGUCGUCUUCUUCCCAGGGUUUGGUGGCGGCAGAAGGAUUCUCGUUCUUCAAGAAACAGGCCGUACCAGUUCCCGGUCCGAGCCAAGUCGAUGCAGAAGAGCAAGCAAUUGCCCGACUCAAAGCUCUCAAGUCCUCUUCUUCUUCCUCUUCCCAGCAGGAAAACACCGACGAUAACGCAAACAACAGCAAUAGCAGGAGCGAUAACGACAACGACAGUAACGACAACGACAACGACAAGAAACUGCGCGUCUCGAAGGGCAAGAGGAGAGGAAAGGGUAUUGAGGACUUGUUGAAUGUGGUUGUUGCAGGAUCCUCUUCCAAUCCUCUUCCUGCUGACGACAAUACCAGUAUCGACAACAAUGCGAACACCAAUGAUAACAACGGGAUCAACAAUGACGAGAAGGAUAACAACAACAACAACAACAACAACAACAACAACAACAACCAUAACGCUGCCUCUGAUGCGCGCUCUAUCUCUUCUAUCGAUUCCCACUCUGCAGCAGCAGCAUCAACAGGAGGACAAGAAGGAGGAGCUGCAGAUCCUGCUGCAAACCAAAAGGUCUUUUCUCCGUCCUCUUCAUCGUCGUCGACUCCUCCAAAGAAGAAAAAGAUUGCUACGGGACACGAGGAUGAUAUCAUCCACGAACAUGAUCAUGCCGAUAACGACGCUUAUGAUGAUAUAGUCUGGUACGACGGACCCCAUCGCGACGACGAAGACGAACACGGCGACGAACACGACGACGACCAUCAUGACGACUAUCAUGACGAUGACCACCAUGAUGGAGAGAUGCACUUUGACGACGACCACCACGAUGACGAUGAAGAUCACGGAAACAGCAGCAAGACGAAACAGAGUGAUAUCGUGGCGAACAACUACAACGACCGAGUGAGACGCGAUGCCGGAUCGGAGUCCCUUGAAACCACCCCCGACAAUAUGAGCUACGACAAUAAUAACAACAAUCACCUACAACAGCGGAUCCUGAAUGCCAACGACAACAGCGACAACCCUUCCACGCCAUCUUCUGAUCAACAUCAACACGACCACUAUAAAGGAGCAGAAGGGGGAGGAGAUUCCACGGUCUUUCAUCAUUCAGGAGCCGAGGUCUUGGUAGGCCCCAUCCCACCAGUCGAGUUCUGUCUACGACUCAAGCACGAGUGUGAAUCGACCUGUCACGAGUUCCAAUCGCAGGUGAUGCAUGUCUCGACCACCUGUGCCUUUGGAAGCGUUGCAGAGUUGUUGCUUUGGGGAAAGUGUUGUCAGGUUGGGCAGAUGAACCGGAAGAAGCCAAGUCGCGGGCGUGGACAAGUUCAACAACAGCAGCAGAUCUACAACCAACAACAACAACAGCAGCAGCCAAAUGCUGCCCAAGAUUCAUCUUCUUCAUCCUCGUCUUCGCGUUCGGGGUCGACUAUGUCAAACGAAGAAGCAGCGGCUGCAAAGAAGCGGCAGGACGAACUGGCACAGGAACACUUGCAACUGCAACAGAAACGACACGCAGCACAACUCGAACACGACAAGCAACUCUUCCUUCAACAACAGCUUCAUAACAAAUAG